AUGGCUGACAUGGAGGAAACCCUGAUGCUGGGAGUGGAAGGCCUCAAGAAGACCAUCCUUCACGGAGGAAUGGGAGACAUGCCUCGCUUCAUCACUGGGACCAAGGUAACGUUCCACUUCCGCACGCAGUUGUGCGACGAUGAGCGCACGGUGAUAGACGACAGCAAGGUUGUGGGCACGCCCAUGGAGGUGGUGAUCGGUAACAUGUUUAAGCUGGAGAUCUGGGAGACGCUGCUGUGCUCAAUGAGGAUCAACGAGGUGGCCGAGUUCUGGUGUGACACCACUCACACAGGCCUUUAUCCGCUGGUGUCCAAGAGCAUGAGACGCAUCGCAGAGGGUAAGGACGCUGUGGAGUGGCAGAUCCACACCUGUGGCAUGGCCAACAUGUUUGCCUACCACACCCUGGGCUACCCAGACCUGGACGAGCUGAUGAAGGAGCCCAAGCCCCUCUUCUUCAUCCUGGAGCUCAUCAAGGUGCAGCAGCCCAAUGAAUACAACAGGGAGUCGUGGGCUCUGAACGACCAGGAGCGUCUGAACAAGGUGCCCAUGCUGCAUGGCCAGGGGAACAAGCUGUUCAAGCAGGGUCUCUUCGAGGAGGCCACAGAGAAAUACAAGGAAGCCAUCGUCUGCCUCAAGAACAUCCAGAGCAAGGAGAAGGCGUGGGAGGCACCAUGGCUGAAGCUGGAGAAGAUGGGCCACACCCUGACACUCAACUACUGCCAGUGCCUGCUGCGCAUGGCAGAGUACUAUGAGGUCAUCGAGCACACCAGUGACAUCAUCAACCAGCACCCAGGUGUGAUGAAGGCCUACUACCUGCGGGCCAAGGCCCACAUUGAGGUGUGGAACGAGGCGGAGGCGCGGCAGGACUACAGCCGCGUGCUGGACCUGGACCCGGGCAUGAAGAAGCUGGUGAAGAGGGACCUGGCCAUACUCACCACACGCAUGGAGGAGAAGAACCAGGAGGACAAAACCACCUACAAGGGCAUGUUCGAACCAGCAAGAGGAGGAGGGCUCCCUUGA